CAGACGCACACACAACAGAGACGAGUUGUAACACACAAAGCGAGGAAGCAAGUUACUUAUCGGUGAUGGUAGAGUGAAAGAGAGUUGCGAUUCUUACUCAUUUCUUAUUCUGCUUAGUUCGGUUUCGGUAUAGUACAGCUGUUCGUCGUUUUUGAUAGUCUGACGAAUGAAUUCAUCGGGACAGUCGCAGUUCUCGUCGUAGCAGAGGGGGUAUUAGCGCUGGCGCGGCUUCAUUCCUCGCUCGGGAACGAUGAAAAAUUAACGCUUCGCCUAUGUACACAUAAUAUAUCGAUAGGCCGAAUCAAGUGUUAAUUCCAAAGUCUUAAAACAGAACUAAUUUUGAACAACCUAUAACGGUAUUAUACCGAAGGAGGGUGGCCUUCGGUGUGACAAAAGGCUCGAAGUGCAAGAGAGAGACAGAGACGCGUACGCAGUAAAGGAACAACAGUCGAUUUUGUUGCGAGCGACGAGAUCGUAAAAAGAAAGAAGAAGAAGAAGAAGAAGAAGAAGAAGAAGAGGACGACGAAGAAGAAGAAGAAAUUGUAGAGUCGACGGGCGGCGCGUUAAACUUUCUUCUCUCACAAUCUCUUUCUUUUUUUUUAAUCUCCUUUCUGUUCCACGAUAAACGCAUUAACGAAAGGUGCCAAGGAACUAUUCGGAACGGUCAAGAAUAUUAUUUCGUUUCGACGAUUUGGGAGCGACCAAACCGUUCGUAAGGGAUGUCUACCCCUGCAAGAAGAAGGCUAAUGAGAGAUUUUAAGAGAUUACAAGAAGAUCCACCUACUGGAGUAUCUGGUGCACCUACAGACAAUAAUAUUAUGAUAUGGAAUGCUGUUAUAUUUGGACCACAUGACACUCCAUUUGAGGAUGGUACAUUUAAACUCACAAUAGAGUUCACGGAAGAAUAUCCAAAUAAGCCCCCUACAGUAAGAUUUGUCAGUAAGAUGUUUCACCCUAAUGUAUAUGCAGAUGGGGGUAUUUGCCUUGAUAUUCUACAAAAUCGUUGGAGUCCUACAUAUGAUGUUUCUGCUAUCUUAACAUCUAUACAGUCGCUGUUAAGUGACCCGAACCCGAAUUCACCUGCCAACUCAAUGGCAGCACAACUGUACAAAGAGAAUCGACGCGAGUACGAGAAACGAGUGAAGGCUUGUGUGGAGCAGAGUUUUGUGGAUUAAUCACAGACGUUUUCAUGAUGCUGUCGCAGCAUUAUCCAACCAUCUACAGGCGAUUAGAUAUGGAGGAGAAUGUGCAGCCUUACCAAGGAGCUUGCGCUGAACCUUAGCAUGUUUCUUCCAAAAGCUCUAUUGAAUUACCACAAAUGUGCAACAUUAGACCGAAUUUUUACAAUGUUGAAUAAUAAAUUAUUAUAAAAUUG